AUAGCAGCUUAAUCGUAGGGUAUUCAAGUAGUCAGUUAAAUAGAUAAUACUACACUCUACAUUUGGCAUUUGGCAUUUGGUAUUUUUGCCAACUGUCCGAUUAACCAAAGAACCGUGAACCAUUAUUGUCAUGUCCUUGGACGCUAUGUUAAUUCCAUUGCAAUGCGGCUGACGGAGAGAACGAGAGAGUUCACAUGAUCUAUUAUUCAGGACGUUGGCAUUGCGGUCAGCAGGAGUUCAGGACAUAUAUGAGGUUGUGUGGAAUAUCGAUUUCAUUUCGGAGCCGGAUAAUUGCGUGACAAUCAGCGGCAUAUGGUCAACAAUUUGUUGUUUUGCCCUUGUUCAGUUGCCACCGAAGCAGCAACGGCAACGGCCGCCACUCGACAAUCAAUCGUCAAUAACGCACUAUUUGAAUAGCACUCUGCAGAUAAGUUUUCAAACUUUCUAAUUACCCAAGCGAAAGCAUCGCAUUGAGCCUCGCAUUUCAGCCCAGCAAUUUAAACGUUCAAUACAAUUCAACCCGAAUUGGCCAUGAACGGAAAACAAUUGCGCCUUUGGUUCGCGCUGUUUGCUCUGCUGUUGGAGGGCAGCGGGGCACAGGGACAGGAUGAGGUCACAACGCAGCUGCCAGCGGUGGAAACAGAAUUGCCACCGCAUGAGGAACCUGCUGUGGUAGAGAUAGUUGAGCCUGCAACUGAACCGGUUUCUACAGCGGAAGCUGGGACAGUUUCGGAAUCAGCAGCUGAACCUGCGGUUGAACCUGAAGCUGUAGCUGCAAAAACUCCUGAAGCCGAACCCUCAUCUGAACCAAUUAAUGAAGAUGCUCGUGAACCAGCAGCUGAAGCUGAACCAACAACCGAGGUUAAGCCAGCUGAAGAGCUUGAACCAGCAGCUGAAGCUGAACCUGAAGCACAGCCUGAACCUGCACUUGAAGCUGAACCAGCAGCUGAACCUGAACCGCUUUCUGAACCGACAAUUCAAUCCGGAACCGAACCUGCAGCUGAACCCGAAACCGAACCUGCAGCUGAACAACUUCCUGAGCCAGCAGCUAAACCGGAAACCAAGCCACUAGCUGAACCACUUCCUGAACCAGCAGCUGAAUCGGAAGCUAAAUCUGCGACUGCUCCCGAAGCAGAAACGGAUUACCAGAAUGAUGCAGCUGCAAGCCAAAGUCACAGUUCUGCGGAGCAAACAACGAUGCAGCCAAGUCCCAGCUUGAACACGAUGAAUUGUUAUAGCUGCUCCAGCUACCCGAGAGGCAAGUGUGAUCAAAAGCCCAGUGAUACGUCUCCAUGUCAGGCAAUCAGCAAAGAAGGAUGCUACACACUCAUUAAAUCUGAUACCCAGCUCAUAAUGCGUGGAUGCAUUUCGGAGCUGUCGGAAGAGGGAAACAAAUAUUGCCGCAAGGAGCCAAAGCACUGUGUGCUCUGCUAUGAUAAGCUAUGCAACAAGGAUGUGGCACCGCCUGCCACAGCAAGUGCAGUUCGAAUAUUAAACAACUCCGCUGUGUGGAUUCUCUAUGUCAUCAAAUUAAUUCUGUUCUGAAAUCCUUUAUCAUUUCUACAAUCUCUAUACAAUACUGUAGUUUAAAAUACUUUUACUUGUAUUUGUUUUUUUGUCGCGUGACAAACUAGUCGAAUUUAUAAUACACCUUUUAUCAUUUAUUAAAUAAUGUUUUAAAGCUAUAAUUUGUCACUUGUUUUUAUUAGUUAAUUAGCAGGAUAACUGCAUGUGAUUUGGAAUAAUUUGCAUAACUAUUUGUUGGCUUCAGUCAGUUGUCACUUUAGACUCAACAGGAUACGACCAAAUUUAUUGAUAGGGCUAAGUCUUAAAGAGCAUUUUAGCAAUGCAGUUUCAAGUUUUGAUAGCUAUAUUAAUCACCUUACUAUUGACGGAUGAUUCGACAUCGUUUAUACAUGCCUUGAAUAAAUAUGCUCUGGAUAAAACCUCAUUGGAUAAACUUACUUUGGAUAAAACAACAUUGGACAAACUUACAUUGGAUAAAUAUAAUUUCAAUAAACCAACACCUAAUAUAUCUUCUUUGAAUAAAUCUAUAUUCGAAUAUACUACAAAGGAUAGAUCUGAAUCAUUCUUAAAUAUGGCUUUGAAUAUGCCUAAACGUAGUGAAGUAAUCGAUACUUCCAUUGCCAUCGAAAAGUCGGAUAACUCCUUAAAUAUUACUCUCGCUAAGCCCGAUUUGGAUGAAUCUAAAAAACCCAUAAAGCCUCAGUCUUUAAAGACUAAUUUACAGCUUCUUCGGAAUACUUCAUUACCUGGAAUGUUUUGCUACAGUUGUUCGAGUGAGCUUAAUGGAGCUUGUGCACAGGAAAAACUUGGUUUGGAAUACUAUAAGUCUUGUGAA